AUGGCAGAUUCGACGGCGGACGAGUCAACAAACGCUGAUACUCUGUGGCGGGAGUUACACAAGGUACUGCCGGAGAUUUGGUACGACGGAGGAGGCAAAGAUCACUGUGAGAUUGAUGAGGCUAUUAGAAUCCUGACUUGUCUGAGGAAAAUAGAAUCGAAGAAUCCGGAAUCUGAUAUAUCUCCGGUGGAAGUUCCAAAAGAGUUUAUAUGUACACUCUCGAACAAGAUCAUGAUCGAACCUAUGCUCAUCGCUUCUGGCCAGACUUUUGAAAAGAGCUAUAUCCUAGAGUGGCUGAAGCAUGAACGUACAUGCCCUAGAACCAAACAAGUCCUUUACCACCGUUUUAUGAUACCAAACCAUUUGAUCAACGAGGUUAUUAAGGAAUGGUGUCUAAUUCACAACUUUGAUCGGCCAAAAACAUCAGAUGAAGUCAUUGACCUGUUCACUGGUGACCUUGAAUCAUUGCUUCAGCGUAUUUCCUCUCCUUCCUCGGUUGAAGAUCAGACAGAAGCUGCAAAAGAGCUUGCCCUCAAGGCCAAGAGAUUUUCCAGUGUUUGUGUCUACUUUGUCGCCAAAAUCCCUGAUUCCAUCACCAGGUUGCUCACUCCGCUCUCUAUUUCGGAGGACUCGAAUCCUGAGUUUCUAGAGAACAUCGUCACAGCAUUGCACAUAUUCUCGACUUCUGAGAAGAAUAAAACACUAGUUGCUGAAAACCCUCUUGUGCUUCCUCUGCUUGCAAAGUAUAUGAAGCAGGGGACAGUUCUGACUCGAAUACACUCUGCAGCGACUGUGAAUUCACUUUCAUACACUGAUUCUAACAAGAUUAUCAUCGGUAACUCGGAAGUACUCAAGGCUCUCAUACAUGUAAUCGAAGAGGGUGAUUCAUUAGCCACCAGUGAAGCCUUUUCCGCGCUUUCUAACCUCUGUCCAGUAAAGGAGAUCAGUGAAAAGGCGGUUUCAGAGGGUUUGAUUCGUGCGGCAAUCAAAAAGAUCAAAGCAGGAAGCAAUGUAUCUAUGUUGUUAUCUCUCUUGGCAUUUGUUUCUACACAGAACCACCAAACUACCGAAGAAAUGGAUAAUCUAGGGCUUAUCUAUGAUCUGUUCAGUAUCUUGAGGAACUCAAAUAGCUUGGUGAAUGAUGAGAACGCUGUAGUCAUCGUCUACAACAUUUGUAAAAGUUACAAAGCCUUGCAGAAUGUGGUCCUAAGAGAGGAGAAACGGGAUGUGGUCCUAGAAGAGGAGAAUAAACACGGGACAUUUACGAGGCUUGAGAACCAAGAAGCAGGUCGUGCCACGAGCCUAGCAAAAAGGAUUUUAGAGUGGAUUUUACGGUAA